AUGGGCAGAAAGCGGAAGGUCCCUCACCCGGUUUCGCCAACGCCGAUGGCAAGAAACCUCCGGAGGACAACAACGAAAAAAACCGGUGGUUCAAGUGAACUUCCUUCUCGUCUAUAUGCCGCGGACUGUUACCCAGGGGGUAUUCAGAGACUAAACAUCUACGCCAAAGUAAAUGUCAUCGACAAAGUGGUUGCGGCGUUGCAAGGGCAUGAGGAGUUGGAACAUCUCCGGGGAACUGUGUUCGCCGGAUUUUGCUAA